AUGUUUCUGAAAUACUUUACCUACGGUUUAUUAUUCAUCUUAGGAAUAUUUUCGAUUCCACACGUAAAAUGUGCUGUCAAAAGCCCAAAAAUCAUAGGAGGAACAACAACAACAAUAUCACAAGCACCAUUUGUAGUACAGAUUAUUAGAUUCGGAUCUACUCUAUGUGGAGGUGUACUGAUAGAACCAACUAUAGUUCUCACCGCUACACAUUGUGUAUACGGCUCAGUAGCUGCAGGAAUACAAGUUCGAGGUGGGACUACUGACUUAAACACUGGUGGAAUAGUACGACAAGUGGCUAGAAUAGUUAUAAGCAACAAAUACAGUACCACAACUCAUCAUAUGGAUAUAGCAAUAUUACAUCUAACAACUGCACUGACUGGUACUAAUAUCGCAACAAUCGCUUUGGGUACAAAACCACUUGCAAAUAACGUUGCUGUUAAAGUUUGGGGUUGGGGUUAUGAUGAAUCUGGUGUUCCUUCCAAUGUAUUGCGUGUGGUUAGUCUUAAAACUUUGGCCAGAACAACAUGUGCUCGAAAGUAUUCACUUAGUCCUUCAAAGUUUUGUGCGUUUGCAAAUGGUAAAGAUUUUUGUAAAGGAGAUUCUGGUGGUCCACUUGUACAUAACAAUAAAUUAUAUGGACUUGUUUCACUUGGAAAGGGCUGUGGGAUAAACCCUGGAGUUUAUACAAGUAUUGCUUCAGCUCCAGUUAAAAAAUUCAUUGCUGCUGGUAGAAGAAGAAGGUAA